GCGGCAUUGCAAUUUUUUCGACGACGAGACCGGCUUUUCGAAGAUAGGAUAGGUGCAACAAAACGUCGAAGACUCCAAUAAGAAUGGUCAUCCGCGUGCCGUCGCGUGCUCCGCACGGCCGCUUGCGGUACUAGAGCUUCCUACAGUAGUAAGUACUAAACUCGAGUCCCGGAAUAUUUUUGGAGCGAGAGGCGACCCGAAACGGCUCAACGCAAAACCAAUUCCGAGCUGCGACAGUUGUAGCCCGCGAGGAGCUCGUACUCGUUCCUGCCCGAAGCGACGUCGCAAAGAGACCUAGGUACCUUCGAGAAAUCCAUUAAAAUGGCGGACCCGGUGUUGAAUCCCGAGCCGCCGGCGGUGGGCACCGUCGAGGAGGAGUAUGAUGCUCUGGGCUACGAGCAGGAUGGCGACGCGCUGCCUCCCUUCGCCUCCGAUGCCGCGAAGGCGAUCGACAAGGACAUCAAGGCGUCGGAAAGCGAGAUGGGCACGUUGGACUUUCACAUCGGGGAAAACGCGGAGAGGGUAAAGGUGAUGGCCGAGCACUUGCAGAACGUGCAGCAGGAGGUCACGUUGACGCAGCAAUUAGUGGACGCGAGAAGACGAGAAAUGGAAACGGAAGACCAUUUAAGGCAGUUGACCGUGCGGCAAGUCGGUAUUUGGAACAAGUUGGUUUCGUGUAUGUUUCUUUUUUGUCAUGCACGAUUGCGUAAAAGUAGUCUUCAUGCAUGGGAAAUGCAGUACCAGUAUACCAUUAAAAAAAGGUCGGCUCGAGGGUGAAUGCGUCAGAUUGAAGCGUGUGGUUGAAGAUUACAAGGACCGAGCGAACACCUAUCAACCGCAAAUAUGUCUGGGUCUAGAAAAAGGCACUUUUUCGUCAUGCAUGUUUUGGAUCACGCAAUUGGUUUCUAAUGCACGCAAAAGCACUACAAGAUUCGCGCCGGCCUAAUAAUGCCUAUUCCACCGCAUGAGGAAUUGCCUAUUUGCGUAGAAGCAAGAAGUGCGCAGCUCUUGAUAUUCAUGCAAUACAAUUUUUUGUGUGGAGGUCCAGAGUCUGCAUCACAAGUUGGAACUCUUCCAGACCCAGACAUGUUUGCAAUGCAUAACGCCAUCCAGACGGACAUUUUCAAGGGCAACGAGAAGUUGGACCAAUUCAAAUUAGAAAUGAACUGGAACCAAGAGGAAUUGGAGCAGUGGGCGCUGGCUGCACGGCAGAAGGAAGAGGAUGAAAUCGCACUGGAAAGGUACAACUUGAACUUGUACAACAAGUCGCUUGUCAUAAUUCCAGCACGACGUCGGAGUCGGUCUUUUUUGCGCUCUUCGCAUCACGUGUGCACAAUAACACAUGCAAUAUUCUUGCAAAUCAAGAAUCUUCUAAAUCUACAAACAAUAAAAAAAGGUAUCGUCGACAGGAUGACCAGAAGAUCCGCGAGCUGACCCUGGAGAUUGAAAAGCUCACCCUCGAAAACAACGGGAAGAAGGCCGCAGUGGAGGAGGAGGUGACGACGACGCAGUCGCAACAGAUCGAGAUGGACAAAAUUGCCGAGGAGUUCAAGCUAUCAAAUGCAAAAAUGUCUGGGUCUGGAAGAUUUCUCGACUUGUCAUGCACGUUCUGGGUGAGCCAUGAUGUCUGUAAUACUUGCCGUAGCAUCACAGAUUUUUAGAGGGCUUUGUGAUACCUCUACCGCAUGAGAAAUGCCCUCUCCGCGCAGGACAAACCCGACCCGUCUUGCCGGUCAUGCAAUACAAAUUUCUUUAGAAUCCACAGACAGCAUUACAAGUUGUGACCUUCGUCCAGACCCAGACAUUUUUGCAGUUGAUACAAGCGGUUGCACGAAGAACGGCAAAGACUAAUCCAGCAGUGGGAGCAAACCGUGCAGAGCAUGAAAUCGCAGGACGAGAGGCUGAACAAGCUCGGCGAGGAGUACGCCGUGCAGAAAAACAUCGAGAGGGGAAAGGAGCAGAAAUUGAAGGAGAAGGAAUCCUUUUUAGCCGAGGUGCAAUCGGAAAACCAGAAAGUCACCACUGUGAUCGCAGCGUAUAAUUACUUACUUAUUUUGACGUGACAACUUUUGUUUCUAUCUUUCUUUGGAUUGUGUAGUAGUUUUUGUGUGGUGGGAGCAAGACGAGGUGGACUCCAUGCAGAAAAUGUUGUUCAUCACGUCAGGCGCAGGAGCGCCGUUGUGCAAGAAUGCAAAGCAAUUGAUUUCUGUAGUGUAGCUGACUUUUUAUGCAAUACAAGAAAAACUUCAACAGCUCCGACCGGCAGUUGAUCCGUGUCCGGCAGGAUCACGUUUCCAUCAAGGACGGUCUCGGUGAUUUCCACGACGAGGUCGAAGUGCUAAAGGGCCAACUUUCCGGCCAGUCCAGCGAACAGGCGCAGCAGCGGAACAAAUUGAUCCAGCUGAAAGAAGUGGUCGAGGAAAAAAAGGUGCGACUGCAGUUUGUCACGAAGAAACUAGCGCAGACGCAGAAAAAUUUGGAGGACGAGAAGGACAAGUCGAAAUUGCGCGAGAUGGACGUGGCCACGGCGGAUAAGCUGUACAAGGAGGAGAUACAAAUUCUUGCGAAAGCGGAGCAGGAUCUGAAGGUGAGUUUUUUGGGUGUUGUUUUUGUCGUGUGGUUUUUUUUGUCGUAGUUCUUGUGCUCGUGCAUGGUCAUGGUAUUGGCGACAAGAAAUAUCAGGCAACGAAUUUUCAGGGACCACUUCUACGAGUAGUUUGUUCGCAUGAAGUGCAAAAAAUCAAACUGAAAAACUAUCAGCUCGUGAAAGAGGACAUGUUUAAGCAGACAGAAGACCUGCGGCAGAUCGAGUACGACGAAAAAAACGCUCACGGGGAAAUCUCCUCCGCGUUUGCCGCGGUCAAAAACUUGAGUUCCCAAAUCGCGAAGCUGGACGCCGAGAGACAAAGGCAGCAGGAACUGCUUUACGCGGUGGAUUUUCAGUGUCAGUUGAUGCAGAGAAAAGUCGCAAACGUGUCCGGGGAUGGGCCGCAGGUCGGGAACGAGGAGCUUUACGGUAAAUUUUUUGACGUUGAACUGUGAUCUCUUUGUUGAAUAUGUAAGUUCGGUUCAAAAACACUUCGGCGUGCAUAAUUUCAAACAAACCCUCCCACAGCCAAAAUCGCCUCUCUCGAAGAACAGCUGGAGGAGCAAAAGCAGCUGGAGCAGCUGCUUAUUGCGCAGGUCAGGAAACAGGGCCUGGAUCUGGUCCAAGCGGAGAGAAUAGUCGGUAGAACAGAGGAGGAGUCCAAGAAGGUGGAGGGAACCAUGAACGAGCUCGCACUGGAAACUGAAGCGGUGGAACGCGCAGUGGGGGACGCGAUAAGGCAGAAAGAGGAGGUGCUAGUGGAGCGGGACCUGGCGAAGCUGGAAGCAAAGAGGAUUCGGGGCACGCUGAACACGAAAUCGGAGCGGGUUUUCACGCUCGAGAAUAGGAAGGAACAACUCGCGAUCAGCAUGAUCGAAAGGGAAAAGGAAGUGGAGUGUCAUCAGGUAAUUAGAUGGAGUCGCGUCUGCUCGGCUGUGUUGAUUUUGGUCUGCUUUUUGUCAUGCACAAUACACAACAUUCAAAUCCAUUGGGGUCACGCAGAACGUAUUAACUUUACGUACUGAUUUCAAAGGUUCAUCACAAACAAAAACCUUAUCAGGAAGUGCUGAAGUCCAAGCUCCGAGUAGCGGAGGAAGACCGACACAAAUCUGCUUUGGAACUCGCAGAAAGGUCAGCGAAGAUACACAAUUUGAAGAUGAAGUACGAAUCAGUGAAGAACAAAAUGCAGAAUGAAGGCGGCCACUCCCAGGCGUAUUACGUGUUGAAGGCGGCACAGGCGCGAGAGGUAUGGGAUAUAGAGUUUGGUGUAGCUGCUUUACUACAUGAGUAGAAAUGCAUUGUGUACCAUGCCGAUGCCGGCGAUAGGAUCCAUGGGAUUACUUAGCAAAUUCCACACUUUAAUGAUGUACCUCAAUAAAAAAUAGGAACUUCAACGGAAGGGCGACGAGCUGGAUGCGAACAUCAAAAAGGCAGAAAAGGAGGUCCGCGCGUUGGAAAACACGCUUGCGCAUUUGACCCACCGAAACGACGCGUAUAAGAACAAAUUCCGAACUGCGGACCAGGCUUCCGCGGCGGAUACGGACCAGAAGCAGGUGCUGGAGGAGCAGAACCAAGCCGCGAAUGACAUCUUGUAUUUCCAAAGGAUUUAUUAUUUUGUGUUUGUCUUUUGCUACUUGUACUUUGUUGGUGUGCAACCAAUGACAGCAUGAUAAAAACUUCCUCUGUUGCUUGAUCCAGCAUCGGGAAGAACCCAGCACAGAUCAACAUCGCAUAUAUUAAUUGUAGGUACAAGAAGAAAAAGCAGCUUUCCCUCGUCGAAAAAGACCACGGCGAGGACACGAUGCGGCUUGAGGAGGUCCAGCGCCAGGGGGAGCGGUUAGACCACGAUAUCAGGAGUUUGAUGCAGACGAAGGACGAGCUAGACGGGCAGUUGUCCACGCUGCAAGAGGAGCUGAAACAGACCGGCGAGCCACCGGUGGUGCCCCUGAAACAAGCGAACGCGGCUUUCCUCCGCGUCUUCCGGGCCGCUUUGACCGAAGCACCGCAGGCCGGGGAGUUGGUGCCGGCGUUUGAGGAUAUCUGCCGGCAGUUGGGCAUCGCGGCGGGGUGAAGAAAAUGUAGAGGACCGGUUGCGGCUUGCUAUCGGAUUUGCGAUGGAUUUAUUAACAAAUAAAGAAGUGGGAGUCGUGAAAAAACCACAGAAAGUAAAACCCUUAUCAUCUCCUUCAAUAUUUUCAGCUUAUACAACAGAAGAAAUCUUCACAGUUUAUGUUUACGGAUUAGUUGUCAAAUUAGUUACGCGGAAAGCAGUCAAAAAUAAUGCCCGUGCAGCUGCUGUCGGGCAGAAAGACUGAAACCCAAAAAAUCGGAAUAGUUUAUCACAAUAGAGCGCGACGAGUCAUGGCCGCUCUACAGCGGGGGAGUUGUUGUUUUCGUCAGCUCAUGCGAAGUAGAACUCCUGACUCGCUCGAUUGACUAAAUAUGAUGACAGACAGUAGAACUUCUACAAAAAAUCGGAAUAGUUUAUUGCGGAAAUUGAAAACAGACAAAAUGCAAGGAGUAAGUACAGGAUUUAUUGUGCCAUUGUACCAAAUGUGUCCUUCGGCCUGCUCGCGCGGUGCGAAGGAAAUGAAACUUGCAAGGUUGCUUCUGCAAGCAACCCGCAGAGUACUACUGCGAUUUUUGUCCUCUCAGGAUGAUGGCGUGAUGAAAAAUCGCAAAUGUAGUGGAACGAUUCUUCAAAAAAAAUUGUACGACUUUGAAUGUACCAUGGCGGUUUAUUG